AUGAGCUGUGGGGUUAUAAAGCGGAAGAUAAGAGCAUCAAGUCACAAAUAGAAAUGUUGUUUUGAUUGUUAAACAAGUAGAGUAUUACUUUCUUGUCUUUAUAGAAAGAAAGGCAUUGGUAAAUGUGGUCAUUGACUCAUUGGUCAGGAGUGACGACACUUUUUCUCCUUUGAAACAAAAAAGGAAAAGCAAUGGCAAAUGGCAAUGAAUGUGUUUGGUGUUUCCAUUCCCAAAAGAGAUCCCAUGCUUCUUCCUGUUCGAAUUCAAACUCACUUAACCCAUCCAUCAUCAAUAUGUCCCCUUAACCACUUCAUUUAAAUACGAUUCGCAUAUUUUUCACAAACAAACACACUCACUGAACAUGGCCGCUCUCCACAAAUUCAAGCUCUUCGCGUCGCAUUGCGGCGUUGCACAGAGCCCAACCCAAAGCCCAAGAGCCAGCCCACUAGUUCAGCUCCGUCGCCCCAAGACCACCUUGCGCACGCUGCUGAGCCUGAGCCUGAGCCGGUCACCUCGGCCGCAAGAGCCACCGCUUCUGCAGGACCACGUGUCAUUGGAAAAGCAGAGCAAGGAUCUGAUGAUGCGGAGGCACUCGCUUAAGGAUCUGUUCGUGUCUUCGCCGCCUAGAGAGGAGGCAGACCGUGCCACUGCUGCUACAUUGUUGGGCUCAGUGGGUGUUGGGAGUAUGGGCCUUAGUGGGCCAGGCCCAUGGAGGGAUGGGCCUGGAUCGAGCAGCUCUGUAUGGAGGGGUUUCCGUUGCAGGUCGUUACUGAAAAGGAAGGCUAAUUGGCGGCCUCUGCUGCUCACCAUUCCCGAGGACGACGCAUAGUGAUUCCCAGUUUUCCGAUUUCCAUUCCACCAACUCGGUGCAUGCAUUGUCAUUUCCUUUUGUAUCUUCGUCUCCAUUUUUUGUUCUCAAAUCCUGUUCUAUCCGAUAUAUAUCACAAUGAAUUUCACCUCAAUUUUAAUUUCUAGAUAUGCGCAACGAAUCCGGUAUUGGUGUCCAUAUGUAUAAUUAUUUUGGGUUUUUAACUUUUUAUACUUGUGAUAUGAGAAAUCAUCAUACUUUCACUUGAA